UAUGCAGAAUGACGAAAGCGGCCGGUGAACGAGGACGGUUUCAACUAAAGUGGGAUUUCUCUUAUAUAAUAGACAUAUUUUAACAUCAUUAAUCGUUUAUGUUGAAAUAUUAUAUAUUUAUAACUACAUCGUUUAUUAUUAUUUUGUCGUUUAGUUAAGGGAAAUAAGUGAUCAAAUAACUGGAUAUUCAUUUAUUGAUACCCAAACCGGUGUGUCGUCUCUGUCGUUUAUCGACAACACCUCGACCAAUCAUAUACGCGCUAUCCUCGUUGAAAAAAUCGAUCUGUAUUGUGGCGGACGGCAAAGUAGGGAGGAAGAAUCAUGAGGAAUCGUUAUACCUUACAUCUUCCCUAAAACUCAACGAGUUAACAAGUCUAACGUAUUAUUUAAUUUUAUUUUUAUUUUGUUAGAUUUUUCGUAAAGAUUUUCUCUUAAAGGCAAAUCAAACGUUCUUAUUACGCGCGCGUGCGCGCAUAUUUAUUUUUUAAUCUUAUUGAAGAAAGUAUUUCAAAAUGGGCGGCAACGAUGUUGGAAGAAGCGUUUUCACUUACGAUACUUUGGUACACGCAUUGUCAGGCGCAGCAGGUAGCGUCAUCGCCAUGGCAACCUUUUUCCCGCUGGACACUGUCAGAAGCCGACUCCAACUUGAGGAAAAUCGAGAAGCGAAGAAUACGCUAACGAUGAUACGUGAAUUGACUUCGAAAGAAGGACCGCAUACGCUGUAUCGAGGAAUGGUGCCAGUUCUUCAAAGUCUUUGUGCCAGUAAUUUCGUUUAUUUCUACACAUUUCAUGGAUUAAAAAUGUUGAGAAGUAGGAGAAAUCAAACAGCUGGAAACGAUCUGUUGGUCGCAUCGAUCGCAGGUGUGAUAAACGUGCUGACAACGACACCACUUUGGGUUGUUAAUACGAGAUUGAAAAUGAAAGGGAUCAAUAGUGUUAACGAGAAAAACAAUAACGAUUAUAACACGUUGUACGAUGGUCUUUUCCAUAUAUGGAAAUAUGAAGGAAUAGAAAAAUUAUGGGCAGGUACGUUACCAAGUCUCCUUCUCGUAGCAAAUCCAGCUAUUCAAUUCAUGACAUACGAGAGUAUUAAAAGAAGAGUUAAUGCUUCUUCUGGUAUUCAACCAUCAGCUUGGGUCUUUUUUGCUAUUGGUGCGAUCGCUAAAACGGUCGCCACGACAUUAACUUAUCCUUUACAAUUAAUACAAACGAAAUUGAGGCACGGAUACAAGUAUCCCGAUUUACCGCCGAAUGCUGGAACUAUUCAAAUUCUAUUUUACAUUUUAAAAAAACAAGGCUUACUUGGUUUAUACAAAGGAAUGGAAGCUAAACUAUUGCAGACUGUUUUAACAGCGGCGUUGAUGUUUUUAACUUAUGAAAAAAUAUCAAGAUUCGUAUUUCGCAUUCUUCUUCAUAGACCUGUUGUCAGAUAACGAUAUGAUUAAACGCCUAAAGAUUAUAUUUAAAUAUAAAUGAAUUACCAAAAUUUAAAUAAAUAUACAAUUAAUGCAAAUUUUUUAUUUCCUUCCGUGUUGCAUCAUUUUCGUAUUAGUUUAAUUUAUUUGUUAUAAAUAUAAUUUUCACAUUAAACUCAUUAAAUAUGUAAUUAA